AUGUCCGGUACUUCGGGCAUCCCAACGUACAAUUCUGCGCCUCUGAAUUCAAACAAGAAAGAAGAAACCACUGCAGCGAACCCCCAGCCCGAACCCGCCACCGCAAUCGAAUCCUCUAUCACAACAGCUCCUCAGCCUGCAACGACCUCAGCUACAGCUACAGCCACAGCACCCUCAUACUCCCCUGUAUACGCAACGGCACAUGAACCUCCCCAGCCUGCCGCUGUAGCGAGCCUGCCAACUCCAACAGCAGCUCCGCAACUAGGCAACCUCACCGCAACACCAACCACAAAGAUCGCCUCCACAACCUCUCAAUCUCCUCCAGCACCCCAACCAGGCGCACUCCCAACUCCUACAGGAACAACAUCCACAGGCCCCUCAGUCCCCCCACCCCCCAAAGCAGGCGAAAUGGUCUCGCCCCCAGCGCCUCAACCUGGCGCAACUCAAACGUUUACGAAUUCAUAUGCCUACCAGCGCCAUCCAUCAGGAUCGCAUGGCUCCAUUCCAAACUCCACCUCAUCCCCGUACUCAGCGGUGUACCCCGAAUCUUCAAUGGGAGCCUCGCGGACACAAGGACUUCCUACGCACUAUGGUAGCAGCAGUGGAGGUGGAGCUGACAGCAUCUUCCCUGAUGAUGAGCCUGGUCUUAUGAAUACAGCAAAGGGGUGGAUGCAGAGUGCGGGCGAAAAGUUGGCAGAGGUAGAGGCGGAAGUUUGGAAGCGGAUUAAUGAUGCGCAUGGGAGAUAG